CCGAAACUUUGGUUGAUCCUGGUAUUCCGCCUUCAAGACUUCCUUCCUGGCUGUACGUGCGGUUAUAACAUUGACCUUGAAGCAGAAAUUAAGUCGGUAACUAAUCAUGUCUUCAUUAAUUGAUUCUUUCAAUUACCCGCCCCAACCAUAACCAGAUUAAUUGAGGCUAAGCUAUCAUACUUUCAACCGGCUGCCCUGAUCGAUCGAUCUCUAAUGGCAUUCAACAUACUCCACCUUCUCUUGCUCAUAUCUUUGUCAGGAGCAGAGGCCACAGUUUUUAUAUUGCAAAACAGUUGCAGGAACACAAUAUGGCCAGGGAUCCUACCCGGGGCAGGCAAACCUCAACUAAUGAAUGGGGGGCUUCAGCUCAGACCCAAUGAAACUAUAGAAAUAAAUGCACCAAAAGGGUGGUCGGGCCGUUUUUGGGGUCGUCGUCGGUGUUCCUUCGAUAAAUCUGGUAAGGGAAGGUGCCUCACCGGAGACUGCGGUGGGCAGCUAAAAUGCGCGGGGGCGGGGGGUGCACCGCCUGCAACACUAGCAGAGUUUACCCUGGACAGUCCAGUGGAUUUCUACGAUGUUAGCCUCGUCGAUGGCUAUAACAUGAGGAUUUCAAUAGUACCAAAGGGGGAUUCAGACCCUAAUUGUAAGGAGGUGAGUUGUGUGUCGGACUUGAACAGACAUUGCCCUGAUGGCUUGCAAGUAAAGAGUAAUGGUCAUGUUGUGGCAUGCAAAAGUGCUUGCUUAGCGUUUAAUGCGCCCCAAUAUUGUUGCACUGGAUCCUACGGCGGCCCUCAAACCUGCAAGCCUACCCGUUAUUCUCAGGUGUUCAAAGCUGCUUGUCCCACUGCUUAUAGUUAUGCCUACGAUGAUCCCACCAGCACUUUCACUUGCAAAGGAUCAGCUGACUAUUUGAUUAGGUUUUGUUAAAUUAAUUAAAUUAAAUUAUAUAUAUAUCGGUGGUAAACUUGUACAUACGUACGUGGUUACAUCAUUAAUCGUAUCUGUUUUGUUUCAAAUAAAUUACUCAAAAGGUAUACAUGAAAUUACCAUGUAAAUUAUUGCCAUAUAUAAAAGUAGUACUUCUUUGUGUAAGAAAAUAAUAAUAAUUCAGGAAUUAA